CAUCUCCCCAAAGAGCAAGCGAGCUAAGCUAGUUCAUGUAAGCUUCUUCCUCUCCACCUACAAAGCAGGAGCUCAGUCUCAGGUGCUGGGAUAGCUCUGAUAGUUCGUCUUGGAAAAUGGCCACCAACUCGAGGUCGAACUCCAGGGCGACCUUCUCCAGCGAGAUCCACGACAUCGGCACGGUGCAGAACUCCACCACGCCCAGCAUGGUGUACUACACCGAGCGGUCCAUCGCCGACUACUUCCCUCCUCACCUCCUCAAGAAGGUGGUGUCGGAGGUGGUGUCGACGUUCCUGCUGGUGUUCGUGACGUGCGGGGCGGCGGCGAUCAGCGCCCACGACGUGACGCGCAUAUCGCAGCUCGGCCAGUCGGUCGCCGGCGGGCUCAUCGUCGUCGUGAUGAUCUAUGCCGUCGGCCACAUCUCUGGCGCGCACAUGAACCCCGCCGUCACCCUCGCCUUCGCCAUCUUCCGCCAUUUCCCCUGGAUUCAGGUCCCGUUCUACUGGGCGGCGCAGUUCACGGGCGCGAUCUGCGCGUCCUUCGUGCUCAAGGCGGUGCUCCACCCCAUCACCGUGAUCGGCACCACCGAGCCGGUCGGGCCGCACUGGCACGCGCUGGUCAUCGAGGUCGUCGUCACCUUCAACAUGAUGUUCGUCACCCUCGCCGUCGCCACGGACACUAGAGCGGUGGGUGAGUUGGCUGGGUUGGCUGUCGGUUCCUCCGUUUGCAUUACCUCCAUCUUCGCAGGGGCGGUGUCAGGUGGAUCGAUGAACCCGGCGAGGACGCUGGGCCCGGCGCUGGCCAGCAACCGCUACCCCGGCCUCUGGCUCUACUUCCUGGGCCCCGUCCUCGGCACGCUCUCCGGGGCCUGGACCUACACCUACAUCCGCUUCGAGGAGCCGCCCAAGGACGGGCCCCAGAAGCUCUCCUCCUUCAAGCUCCGGCGGCUGCAGAGCCAGUCCGUGGCCGCCGACGACGACGAGCUCGACCACAUCCCCGUCUGAUCCUGCCGCCGCCGGACCGGAUGGAUCUCCCACUCCCAGUGUGUGUCCUUGGUAGUUGUUAUGUGUGUGCGGGCGUGUGUCACUUGUAACUCAGUGGUUGGUUGGUCGAUGCAUGCAGGGGAGUACGCGCGUGCGCGCAUGUGUAUGUUUGUUCGCCCGCGCAUGUCGCAGUAGAUUUGCUCCCUCGCUCUGUUCAUGUGUGCAAGCGACUGAGCUUGGGGUCCUGAUUUUGGGGGCGUAUCAGUCCGCACUCUGCAGUCGCACGCGUGCCAAAGUGUAUCUCUCCUGCAAUUGCAGUACAUAAAACUCCCGUGGCUUUGCUUCUCGAAA